CUACACAGUUUCUCUAUUGAUCGAGCUUUUCUUAAACCCUUGUUUUCUGUUCACCACCUCGAUCAUCAUGAAGUCGGCAAUGUUGUCAUUUCUCAUUGUUUUGCUUAGUGUUCAAAUGCUGCUAGCAGCAAAUCCACCUCCACCUCCACCUCCAGCUGUUCCAGCUCUUGAUUCAUACAAGCUGGUCAUUGAAUGGCCAAACACUUUUUGUCUUGUUGAGCCACAGCCACCAUGCCAACAGCAUCCACAGUCUUUUACAUUGCAUGGCCUUUGGCCACAGGCGGGUGGUCGAUCGUUAGUGAACUGUCCUGGUUCACCAAUGGAAGAUCAAACCCUAGAGGCAAAUAAAGGUGAUCUGACAAAGUUUUGGCCUGAUCUUAGGAACUCGGACUUUGAUAAGAGUAAAAGCUUUUGGCGUCAGGAGUGGGACACACACGGUCGCUGUUCUGGCAAGCCUCCGGCCGACUACCUUACCAUGGUCUUUAAUGCAGUAAAAAAGUAUGACGUGCAAAAGUUACUUGCAAAGAAUGGAAUUUUACCAGGUGAUCCGACAGGGCAUACGGCGGCACAGUUUGAACAGGCAAUAUUCAAAGAAACUAAACUGCACACAGAGAUUGAAUGCCGGACGAAGGACUCGAAGGAGUAUCUAUUUCAAAUUUAUUUCUGCUUAACACCUCAAGGACAGUUCAAGAAUUGUCCGAUCCGUUACAGGUGUGCAAAUCAACAAAUCUACAUGCCCUUGCCUCCGCCCAGUCCCUAGAGAAGAUCGAGAUGUCCAAAGAAGAGAGGAGCUGGCUAUAGCU